AUGCCCGCGAUUCUGAAUAUACUCGGGUUUAUUCUGUCGAAAAUUUUCACACUGCUGUUUAGACUUAUUCGCUUAAUCCUGUUUCCCUUCAACAAGUUAUUGUGCUGGAGCUGUGGUGACUACCUGUCGAAGGUGAACCGGCGCUAUGGAUUUAGUGAGGACCUUUAUAUCAUUCCAACCUUCUUCUACUAUGUAUUUGAGUACAUUUACAAGGUUAGGAGACAUAGAUUCCAGAAUUGGUACAUUUUCACCAGUCAGGUACAGAAGCAGGGAGAUAAUGUUGCUAUUCGCUAUACUAGACCCUUGGCUGCCAAGGGUGAAUUUGAGUUGGAGUCGUAUACAUAUAAGGAGAUGUACGAUAUUGUACUGAGGCUGUCGUACAUUUUGAACUUCACCUACAAUGUCGAGGCCGGUGACCACAUCGCGAUCGAUUGCACAAAUAAACCGCUAUUUAUCUUUCUAUGGUUUGCCAUUUGGAACUUGGGUGCAGUUCCUGCAUUUCUAAACUACAAUACCAUGGGCGAACCCCUGUUGCAUUCCCUUAAGAUAUCCAAUAUCACACAGGUCUUCAUUGAUCCAGAUGCAAGCCAAUCCAUCCAGGCGUGCGAAGAGGAGGUCAAAAACGCACUGCCUCAUGUUAUGUUGAACUACUUGGACGAAAACGACCUUUACAAUACCAUCAAAGAUGAGACCGCACCAAAAUUUCUACAGAAAGAUGAGGUUAGAUCCCCAGAAGGGCUUACCGAUUAUAAACCUUCCAUGCUAAUCUACACAUCAGGAACCACUGGGCUGCCCAAAUCUGCUAUUAUGUCCUGGAGAAAGUCUUCAGUUGGUUGCAAACUGUUCGGGCAUGUUUUGCACAUGCACAAUCAAAGUACCGUGUUUACCAGCAUGCCUUUGUUUCACUCUACUGCUGCUCUACUGGGGGCCUGCGCCAUCUUAUCUCAAGGUGGAUGCAUUGCGCUAGCUCCUAAGUUUUCCGCGUCCAAUUUUUGGAAACAGGUGUACAUGACCGAAGCGACUCACGUUCAGUACGUGGGUGAAGUUUGCAGGUACUUGCUACACACCACCCCUUCCAAAUAUGAAUCUAUGCAUUGUGCCAAAGUUGCGUAUGGGAACGGUCUGAGAACAGAUAUCUGGCAACAGUUUCGCACCAGAUUCAACAUCGAGGUUAUUGCAGAAUUUUACGCUGCCACUGAGGCUCCAUUUGCAACCACCACCUUCCAAAGAGGAGACUUUGGCGUUGGCGCCUGUAGAAACUACGGUGCGAUUAUUCAGUUUUUCUUACAGUACCAGCAAACUUUGGUUAAAGUGGAAAAGGAUGACGAUUCAUUGAUUUACCGGAACGAAAAGGGGUUUUGCGAGGUGGCGGGUGUCGAUGAACCUGGUGAAAUGCUAAUGAGAAUUUUCUUCCCCAGAAAGCCUGAAACUUCCUUUCAAGGAUACUUGGGCAAUGAACGGGAAACCAAAUCCAAAGUGUUAAGAAAUGUGUUUAGAGAAGGCGAUGCCUGGUACAGAUGUGGUGAUCUCUUAAAGGCGGAUAAAUACGGCUUUUGGUACUUCCUUGACAGAAUGGGGGAUACCUUCCGGUGGAAAUCCGAGAAUGUUUCUACAUCCCAGGUAGAAGAUCAGAUAUCUGCCAAUGCUGAAAAUGUAGUAAAGCAAGUAGCUGUUGUGGGCAUAAAAAUACCGAAGUAUGAAGGCAGGGCAGGGUUUGCUGUGAUCCGUCUCGUUGACAAUAUGGUAGAAACUUCCAACGAAGAAAAAGUUGCAUUAUUGAAUAAACUUUUGCUAGGCUUGUCUAAUGCAUUACCAAAAUAUGCUAUCCCAGUAAUCGUCAAGUUCGUGGACGAGAUUAAAAUGACGGAUAAUCACAAAGUAGUCAAAAAAAUCUACAGAGAUCAAAAACUGCCUCAUGGAACGUCUGGUACGGAUACGUUAUUUUGGUUGAAGGAUUAUAGGAGCUAUGAGCUAUUAACGGACGAUGACUGGAAUGCUAUUGAGAGCCAAAAAGCUAAGCUGUAA